AUCCUUCAGUGGAAUUUAAUGUUCAGGUUUUAAGUUUGAAAGUAUUAGAUUCCUGUUUGUGUUCAUCUGUAUAGGGAGGGGGAAAGAGUUAGUUUAAAACUAAUGACAUUAAAUUCCACAUGAAUAAAUGACUACCUUUAACCACUUAAAUUCUCAGAACUUUAGUUUCUUCUUCUGAAAUAACAUCACAGUUACUAAUCAUGAGUAUGAAAUAAAAAUACAUUUUGUUGAUUGUACUAGGCACUUACAAGGCUGCUCAUCCUUCCUUAACUGGCCCACUAAGUACAGAACUAGAAUUCACUAUGGGAUACUCACCUCUUGCUGACUGUCAAGGAUUGCAGAGUUUGCAACAUUAUGAGAUUGUUACUAUUUUCUGUAUUUCCAAGAUUAGAAAACCAAGGCUGAAAGAAAUUGAGUUAAUGAAAAGGGAAGGUAUCCCCUCUUCCCUCCCUACUCCCUGAGAAUUAUCACUUAAGAUAACGAAUCACUUCAGGGCACCUGGGUGGCUCAGUCAGUUAAGUGUCUGACUUUGGCUCAGGUCAUGAUCUCACGGUUCACAAGUUCCCAGUCCUGCAUCAGACUUUCUGCUGACAGCUCAGAGCCUGCUUCAGAUUCUGUAUCUCCUUCUCUCUCUCUCUGUCCCUCCCCCACUUGCUAGUGUGCUCUCUUUCAAAAAGAAAUAAACAUUAAAAAAUUGUUGAAAUAUAACCUACAUACCAUAAAGCUCACCUUUUUGAAGGGUCUACAAAGUGCUUUUUAGCAAAUUCAGAGUUGUGCAAUCAUCACAAUUAUUUAAUUUCAGAACAUUUGGUUGCUCAAAAAAGAAACUCAUACCCGUUAGCAGUUACUCCCCUUUUCCCUCCAGUCCUUGGCAGCUGCUAAUUUCCUGUCUGUCUUUGUGGAUUUGCCUCUUCUGGACAUUUCAUGAUAAAAGGAAUCAUUACAAGAAGUAGCUUUUGUGUCUGGCUUAUUUCACUUAGCAUGAUGUUUUCAAGCAUCAUCCAUGUUGUAGCAUGUGUCAGAAUUUCGUUCCUUUUUAAGGCUGAAGAAUAUUCCAUUGUAUGGAUAUAUCACAUUUUAUUUAUCCAUUCAUCACUCGAUGGACAUUUGUGCAAAGCUCUAAGCCCAAUUUGGUAAUUCCCAAGUUUGAUCUUUUGUUUGGAGUACCAUACAUUCCCCUAAGAUCUCAUCCACUUUGAUAGUUUCUGUUCUUAUUGUGGAGAUGAUUCCAAUUCUAAUUUUCAGCCCUUCAUCUAUAUUAGUCAUUUGUGUAACUACCUCACCCUGAAAAAUUGAACUUAGGCCCCCCCCAGACUGACUUCUAUAUGAAGAGUGAUUGGAGGAUAAGAUGCUGAGGGAAAGGAGGCCAGUUAAGUUGCCUAAAAGCAGUCUCCCCAAAAUGAGAAAGGCCUAGCCAUGAAUGGUGGUCACAAGGACAGAAAAGGAGGCAGCAAUCAAGGGGUACUGCAGGAAAGUAAGAAGGGCCCUGUUCUUAACCAGAGGUGGAGGAAAAAAGAAUGAUACAGAAGUGAUUUAGAUUUUCCAGGGGAGGGCAUGAGGAGUUAGGAGAAUUGGAAAACAGCAUAAAUGGUGGUGCCUAUAUGUAGGAGGAAAGCUGGGAGAAGCUCUUUUAUUUUAUUUUUUUAUUUUUUUCUAAUUUUAUUUGUGAGAGACAGAGACAGCAUGAGUGGGGGAGGAGCAGAGAGAGAGGGAGACACAGAAUCCGAGGCAGGCUCCAGGCUCCGAGCUGUCAGCACAGAGCCCGACGUGGGGCUCGAAGUCACAGAUUCUGAGAUCAUGACCUGAGCCGAAGUCAGAGGCCUAACCGACUGAUCCACCCAGGUGUCCCUGGGAGAAGCUCUUUUAGAGAUGAUAAAAUUAGUUUCAGAUGGUUGAGUUUAAAUUGAUGUCAAGACGUGUAAACAGAUGGCUUUCGGGCAGCUGGAGAUGCUGGAAUAGAUCCUCUGGAGUAAAAGUAGAAAUCUGAUCAGUACCAGCCUGGCAAUGGUUAUUAAAACUGUGAGACUUGGUUGGCACUUCCAGCUUUUGAUCUGGGCUCUGGAGAUUCAUUUAGUGUAGUCGUUUAAUUCUUUGGCUACUUUUCAAGUGGCAGAUAAAAGAGAAUAUGGAAACGUGAAGACAGAGCUGUGUGGUUGAAGAGUCGGAGUGAAGUGACAGGAGGACUGUGCAAACUCGGUCAUCCAGCCUCUCACCUUCUGCCUCUGAAUCCUCUUGUGUUACAGAUGAUGAAAAGGUCCUGGGAAUGAGAUGAUUUGCCUUAGGUAUUAACAUCACAUCAGUGUCAGAGCCAGAACUGGAACCGUGACUAAUGGUUCCAUUAUGCCCAUAAAGUUCUAAAGGAAAGUUCAAGAACAGUUUGUAUUGUUUCUUACCAUUCCCUCCCUAGAAUCCAAGUCACUGGCUUCCCUGCAUGCGACGUAGGGAAGACAGUGCCCACAGACUCUUGGUCUUGAAGGCCCUUUCUCUCCUGGUUUUCCUACCUCUCAGGUGGCCCCUUAUCAGGUUUCACAGGCCCCUCUUAUACCUGUGUCUUUCAUAGUCCACUUGCAACUUGUCACCCAUAUUCAGAGUUUUGUCUUUGUUUAAAUUGCUGAUGACUCCUAAAUCAGCCUCCAGCCUGCAUAUGGGAGUUUGAGGCUUAGGACCAACUGCCUACUGGGUGUCUCCGCUUCGAUGUUCCAAUAACAUGCCCAGCCAUGUUUGGUACCACUGUUACACACAACUUUAUGCCAAUGAACUUGCAAAUCUAAAUGAAAUGGGUGACCUUUUUUUUGACAGGUUGUAAGUGGCCAGUAUUGACGCAGGAAUCUCAGCGGGCUAAUUAAACAUAGCAGAAAUUAACAGAUUAUUAUCUUCCUGCUACAAAGCCAGGUCCAGAUUGUUGAAUAUUCAAAAAAAUAAAACGCGUAAUUGCUAUGUAUUUCCUCCCAGCUUAAGAAAGUUUUAAAAACUUUAAAAAAGUCUUAAAGUAGUACAUGAACAGCUGUAUUUUCUCCUGUUAAAUUUGCCACCUUUGCUUUGUCUCUGUAUAAGCACAUAUUUUCUUUUUACGUACCAUUUUCAAGUCAGAUUUUCUGACACUUCACCCUUAAAUACUUCAGCAAAUACUUCUCAGAGUAAAGAUAUUGUCUGGCAUAAUGACAAUGUCAUCAUCACACAGAAUUCAUUCAAGCGUCAAAUAUCCAGUUCAUAAAUAUCCCUAAUUAUUCCAAAAAUGUUUUAAGGGUAUCCUUUUAUUUAUUUUUGAGAGACAAAGAAAACAGGGAAGAAGGGCAGAGGGAGAGAGAAUCCCAAGCAGGCUGCCCGCAGGCCGAUCUCAUAAACUGUGAGAUCAUGACCCAAGCCUAAAUCAAGAGUGGGAAAUUCAACCGACUGAGCUACUCAGGCGCCUCUAGAGUAUCCUUUUAAAAACCAGGACAGAGCAUUAAAAAAAAAAAAAAAAAAAAAAAAAAGGCAAGAUUUUAUUAGUUUUGUGAUUUUUGAUCCCCAAACCUGACAACAAAAAGCACAAAGACGUGAGACACACACACACAAACAAUCCUAAAAAAUACAAAUGCAAAAGUCCUCACACAAUAUUAUCAUAUUUCAGUAUGUAAGAGGUCUGAAUUUUUGAGGAUACAAUGUUUGUCGCUCUUUUCUUCUCCCCCAUGACCUAGCAGCUUUCUGGUCAGAUCCCACUGAUGUCUUGCGUGACUAAACCAUCGUAGGUCAUUCCAUCCCAUUCCAUCCCCAGUAGUCAGAGCGACUUGUUCAAGGAGCCCAAGGCAAUCAGCAUAUACGGUAUUAUUGCCGGCUAGAGGUGCUCUAACCAGCAAGAGGUUCAAUCCUUUCGCUGGCCAAUUGUUAAACACCACUCCAAUGUACCCCUUUGCCUUGCGAGGCAUUCCUUUUACUGGAGCGUGGUGUUAUUCGUCGGUUCUCCUUGGUCCAUGGUUUGCUCCUUGGUAGCGCCAACAUUGGACACCUAAACAGGUGUUGGAGCGCGGGAAAGACCACACGCUCUCCCUAGAGCCGCGGGACCGGGAAGCGGUCCGGAGGCGGAGCCUCGGCCGCACCAAGUCCUGCGUGCGGCUCUGCGCCGCCUCUCGCCGGGCCGCCGCUCUCCGCGCAGGGAACCGGAUCAGGCCGCGCCGCCCAUGGUGCUGCUGGAGAGAGCCAUGGCCACUUUCCGCUUGGCCCUCAUCCAGCUUCAGGUUUCUUCCGUCAAAUCAGAUAACCUCACUCGAGCUUGUGGCCUCGUGCGGGAGGCAGCAACACAAGGAGCCAAAAUAGUUUCUCUGCCAGAAUGCUUUAAUUGUCCAUAUGGCACGAAAUAUUUUCCCCAAUAUGCUGAGAAAAUUCCUGGUGAAUCUACACAGAAGCUUUCUGAAGUAGCAAAGGAGUGCAGCAUAUAUCUCAUUGGAGGUUCUGUUCCUGAAGAGGAUGCUGGGAAAUUCUAUAACACCUGUGCUGUGUUUGGGCCUGAUGGAACUUUACUGAUAAAGUACAGAAAGCUCCAUCUGUUUGAUAUUGACGUUCCGGGGAAAAUUACAUUUCACGAAUCUGAAACGUUGAGUCCCGGUGAUAGUUUCUCCACAUUUGAUACUCCUUACUGCAGAGUGGGCCUGGGCAUUUGCUACGACAUCCGCUUCGCAGAGCUCGCACAAAUCUAUGCGCAGAGAGGCUGCCAGCUGUUGGUAUAUCCUGGAGCUUUUAAUUUGACCACUGGACCAGCCCACUGGGAGUUGCUUCAACGAGGCCGGGCUGUUGAUAAUCAGGUAUACGUGGCCACGGCAUCUCCUGCCCGGGAUGAUCAGGCCUCCUAUGUUGCCUGGGGACACAGCACUGUUGUGAGUCCUUGGGGAGAUGUCCUUGCCAAGGCUGGCACUGAAGAGACCAUCGUGUAUUCAGACAUAGACCUGAAGAGGUUGGCUGAAAUACGCCAGCAAAUCCCCAUUUUUAGCCAGAAGCGAUCAGACCUUUAUGCAGUGGAGGCGAAAAAGCCCUAAGGUUUAUGCUUCUAACAUGUCAUGAAAAACAGGAUGAUGUUUCUGCAAUGUAAUCAACUCCCUGUUGAAUUCUUUAAGGAGAUUUUUUUUUUUCUAAUUUCAGAGUUUUCCUUUCUUGGGAACUCUCUAUUGAGAUGAUGGAGCAUCAGCACAUGAUAUUUUUCACACCAUAUUAGAUAGUUAAAAAGGGCUCAGGCUGGCCUUGCGAGCAGAAGGAAAAGGAGAUGGCUAUAACUCCCAUACUAAGUUGCUUCAUAGCAGUUGGUGAAAGUAUCAGAUCUUGGUAUCCUGGUGGUUGCUUCACCUGGUACCAAUAGAUUUAUGUCACAUACCGCUUAUCUCACUGCUGGGGUUGGAAUCCAUUACGUAGAAAAUUUGGUCUGGUGCCACUCUCUUUUGAGUAGGACGUUGAAGUUUAUAUUUUUAGUCUGUGAGUAGCUAUGGAAAGCAAGGUUAUGGACCCUUGGUGUUUGCUAGAGGAGAUGGCAGCCCCAUCCCUUCCCGGCAGCCUUGGGGCUCUUCAAAUUCAAGAAGGAGCCAAUGAAUCAACCCCAGACCCUCCUGGUCUUAGAGAAAAGGCAGUACCAACAGGGAGUCCUGUGGAAGAAUGGCAGCAGUGGCAUUUGGUCAAGGCAACUAAAGUAUGAGUCUCUGUAAAAGAUUUUCCUGAUGGGGUGAGUGUCUGAAAAUAUCUUUGUCUUUUUGCUUUUCUCCCUAGUAACACUUUCUAGCUUGAUGAAGGCAAGCUAGUGGUUUUAGCCUAGUGGUUUUCAGAAUCCUUUUGCACAAUUAAAAAUUAACGAUUCCAAUGAACUUUGUUUUUAUGUAUGUUACAGUUGGUGGUGGGCUAAUAAACAUUUAACAACCAGCUGUCCAAAAAAAAAAAAAAAAAAAAAAAAGGCCCUGAUUUUGCAGUAGUUGGCAGUAGUAUUUGCCAAUUUCCUUGGUAUAAAUACUUUCACUGUGGCCAAGUACAGACUAUCAACAUGACCCCUCUAAACACAGAGUUGGAAAUAGAUGCACAGUGGGCACUUGUGAGCUGGUGUAAUCCUGCUCUCGCACACCACUGUUUACAUAUGUAGAGAUAUUUAUCAUCCUGGAAAAUAAAACAAAACCUUAAAAUAAUACACAAGCACACAUUCUAUUAGCUAUAAGAGUGAUGAUAUCAUCAUGUGUCAUUUAACCCUUGGAAACCGGCAUUGUAUACCCAGAGGAGUACAGGAGUGAAAAAGGCAAAUGACGUUUUAAAAUUAAGUCUACAAUUUGGUAAAAUUUGACACAUGUAUACAUCCAUGAAAGCGCUCUCAUCAAGAUAAUGAACCCUCCCCUGGUGUUUUCUUAAGCUGUUAUAUAAUCCCUUCAGCCACUCUUCUCCUCCCCAGGCGAUCACUGAUCAGCUUUGUCACUGUAGAUUAGUUUGAAUUUUCUAUAAUAACCCAAAAGUGGAAUCAUGCCAUAUGUAUACUUUUUUACAUCUUCUUUCACUCAUCGUAAUUACUGGGGGACUCAUUCCUGUGUGUAUCACUCAUUUCUUUUUUAUUGCUGAAUGGUAGUCCACUGUAUUUAUCUGUUCACCUGUUGGUAGACAUUCGACUUUUUAGUUUUUGGCUAUUAGAAAUAAAGCUGCUAGAAAACA